UUACCACACUAGUCUGUAGGAUUCGCACCACUAACCUGAACUUUCGUUGUUCUUGUAGUUGAUAAUCUAACAGGCUUCCCCCAUAAAUCUACCCGCUGGCAUUUGUGAUAUCAGAUGUGAUUAAUGCUUCACUGCUCUUUAAUGAAGCACUUGCUGUACAUCUCCAGCGUUCUUGACAGUAAAGGCAUCGAUAGCACAGCGAACACCAAUGGGACUGAAUAACUCUCAUCCGAAGCUGUACCCCGGAGAUAUUCUUGAGUUUCCUGGCAACAGUUACUUUUCUCAUUUUGGCGUUUACUAUGGUGAAAGAGACGGAGUUCCUUAUGUGGCCCAUCUGACCAUCAGAGAUUCAGACACCAAACUCCUCCUUUUCGGCCGAGCUAUAAACGCCUCUGUAAAGCUAGACCCGCUUGACCUAGUCGGGAAAAAAUACAAGGUAAGAAACUACAUGGAUGACAAGCAUCCACCACGAGAUUUCUACGUUCUCAUCAAGCCGGAGAUCGAUGAAAUCAUGACGAAACCCAUCACCUUUGACAUCCUGUUCAACAACAGCGAACAUCAGGCCACAAUGUUACGAUACGGGGUUAAAAAGUCAGAGCAGAUUGAAAAAGUCUAUUCCAAGAUAGUUCCCACCUGGAAAGAUUUAUUUGAGAAGAAAAAGAUUUGAGAGCCACAUCUUCUGCAUGAAGACUUCAAGAUCAUACAAAAACUAAGUUCCUAUUUAAAAAGAUCCUAUGUCAAAUAUACAUGCAUAACUUAAUUGUUUUAUUAUUAACAUUAUUUGAUGUUAAAUGCAAUCUAAACAAGCUACAUAAUCUUUGUUUUUGUGAAUGCAUUUGGUGUCUGAAUAUUGGAUAUUUUCAAUAAGCGUCCACAAGGAGGCGACAAAGAGUUUGGAUUUAGAAUAAAGGUAAACAGCAGAAUUUAAACCCUAACCCUAACAUAUCUACAUUAACUAGCAGAAUGUCUCUUUCACAAAAAUUAACUUUUAUUAUUACUGUUGUUAUUUUUUACGUUUUAUAGUUGGAAGGGAAAAUAUCUAUGCUAUAUUGUGCGUUUCUCAUUCAUAGCUAAUAUGUAGAAUUGAGGAAAUUAAAUGUCUCUGGCCUUUUAGAUUAAUAUAAAUUUGAUAUAUAAUCCACAGAUUUUCAUGUGCCAUGUUUGAAUGCAAACUAACAUUUUGUAAAACUAAGAGUGUUUAUUAAAAUGGCUUCA